AUGGCGGCGGUUUUCUUCCCACCACGGGUGGGGGAUUCCCCCCUGUCCAUUUUCGCCCCCACCCCACCCCUGUUAAACAAUUUGCGCGGCAUCCUCGCCCUUGAUGUUCCGCGCGGCUGUGGAACACCAGUGGCCACCACCGUCAGAAAACAUGAUUGGGGACUUGCCGUUCUUUAUGGGGGUUGGGAAGGUAUUCUCUAUAACUGCGGCUGCCCUUUUACGCUGCAAGCUUUUUGGCGGUACUUCCUCCCAAUGUUGGGCACGGGGUUUAUGCCCACGCGGCCCGCGCAGCCGGCAAACCUGUCGUUUCUGAUUUUCGAAUUGCGCAUACCCUUGCCAAUCCCAUUGUACCGAGCAGUAUGGCCGUAG